AUGGCGUCCGAUACGGCGUCGUCUGUGGACGAACAGGCACAGCUGGUUGCUUCAGUUGGUUCACUUGCAGGAGGAGGAGGCUCCACGGAUAACAGAGGAAGGCAUCGGAUUCUCGCUGAACUCAACCGUCUUGAACAAGAACUCAAAUUCUUGCAGGAAGAGUUGGGAGAGCUCGAAAGGACUGAGAACGUUUCGACCAUAUGUUCAGAGUAA